GACGGAAACCGGCGCGGCUGAGGAGCACUCGCGCACCGACCGCGACCGCGGUAGCUCUGAUCUCUCGUCGCUCUGCUCCGGAACGCUCAAACGCGCGCGCGUGUGUGUGCAGCCUCCGAUCGUAUUCAGAAGUUUUCCCUCUCCCUCGAGUGUAAUCCCGAAUCCCCCGAGCUCUCCGAGUGUAAUUCAGUAUAUAUGCCCAGGACGAAGGCUGCUUCGUAAUUGAAACGCUCGAUAAAACUCGAUUACUCUCGAUACAUUUGACGGAAAAAUUUAUGUAAUAUACGAGAAAUGCAUAUUUAGUGUGUCAUAGUAAUUGAUUGAUUACAACAUGAUACAUAUGAGACACGGCUCGUGAAAAAAUUACUCGAUGCUGGAAGAAAUGAGCCUACAGGAAAAAAUUCAAAUUUAAGAAACUAUUCACUUUCCUACAUAUAUUCAGUCUUAAGCAAGAGUUUUGCCUUCCCAAUUUGACGAUACGUCGUAUCAUUCAUCGGAUACGACAGAAUUGCUUCGACCUAACCCGAAAUCAAUUAACGCGCAACGAAGGAGUAAUCACGAGGAACAUAUACUAUUAUAAAGUGAUCAAUCAAGCCAUUCAUGUCGUAAGCAAGAUUCAGCACGGCGACGCGUCGCGAGAGCAAGUCCGCCGCGUUGCCGUCCAAAGGCUCAUCAGCGAUCGUCCGUAAUUAUUCCGCACGUUAGCUCUUAAUUAAGCCGCUCAAAUCGACGGCGGACCGCUACUAAUUAACGCCACAUCGGGGAAAGAGCCUCACGUCAUCAGUUGACGGAUUUAACGAGAAGCCAUUUGGCGCGCGUGACGAGCAGCAUCUCUCCCUUUUUCUCCUUCAUAAGAAGAAAGGAUGACACUCGUUGUUCGAUAAAAAAAAAAAAAGUCACGCGACGAGGCGUCGCGGCGCCGUGACAAUGUGGAAAUAUGAGACUUUCUACGCCGUCGCAUCCCGGCGUCGUCUUCGUCGUUUUUGUCGAUAUCGCACUCGUACCGAUGCAGUUUACACCGGUCGCCGAUGUACACAUCCGACGUCUAUUGAGGAAAAAUGGGUGCCAAUCAAUCGAACCGAAGUGAUCCCAUCCCCGGAGAAGAAGUCAACUUCGAUCAUUUUCAAAUUUUACGCGCUAUUGGAAAAGGCAGCUUCGGAAAGGUCUGUAUCGUACAAAAACGCGACACCACCGGUAAUAUGUACGCCAUGAAGUACGUACAUAAAAACGAAUGCGCAGAACGGGGUGCCCUGAAGAACGUGGCGAGGGAGGUAGAGAUCCUAUCGAAGCUAGAACAUCCUUGCCUAGUGAAUUUAUGGUUCAGCUUCCAAGAUGAAGAGGAUCUCUUCAUGGUAUCGGACUUACUUUUGGGCGGCGAUCUGAGAUACCAUAUCCAGCAGGAGAUUGUGUUCAGCGAGGAAAGCGUCGUGCUGUUCGUGGCCGAAAUCGCGUUGGCCCUCGACUAUCUGCAGAAUCACAGGAUUAUCCACCGGGACAUCAAACCGGAUAAUAUACUGCUUGAUGAGGAGGGUCACGCUCAUGUAACAGAUUUUAACAUCGCAACUGUACUCGAAGACGGGCAAUUGGCAACUUCGAUGUCCGGAACAAAGCCGUAUAUAGCCCCGGAAAUUUACAUGUGUUCGUGCGAGGAAUACGGUGUCCUCGGCUAUGGAUUCGCUGUGGAUUGGUGGAGUCUGGGAAUCCUCGCUUGGGAGACUCUGGCCAUGGAAAGACCGUAUCCACUUCACUCCACGACGUCUAACAGGGAGGCUUUGAGAAUCUUGCAGGAUGAAAGGUCGAUCCCAUCGCACUGGAGCCCCUCGAUAUGCGAUCUCCUGGACCGUUUAUUAACUCUGGCCCCGAACGCCCGAGUGUCGAGUUUAAAGGAACUGAAGCAAGCGAGCGCGAUGAGAGAGUUGGAUUUCGACAAAGUGUUGAAUAAGCAGAUAAAGCCGCGUUUCACACCGCCGAAGGAUCACUUAAAUUGCGACCCCACUUUCGAGCUCGAGGAAAUGAUAAUCGAAACGAAGCCGUUGCACAAGAAGAAGAAACGUCUGGCUAAACAAAGAUCGUUAAGAGUCGAGUACUCGGUGGAGGAUCCCAGCGGUUUCGCCGAAGGCGCUGGAUCGAGCUUAGACACGCGAAGAUUAGCUUAUAUCCCGGAAUAUCGAGUUUAUAAUCGCGAACGCGAGAUCGAGAGACUGGAGAGAGAAAGGAAGGAGAGACAAUGGGAAGAAGAACUGAACACUGCCAUGAAAGGUGCCGAAGAAAGACUCAAAAUAAAGCAGCAACAUCUGCCGGCCCAGCGAACCGGAAAUCGACUGAGCGUCUCGACGACGAACGUCAAAGCGCGCAUAAACGCCUCACCGAGGCAAGGACGUCGCGGGAGUGCCACAACGUCCUCGGACAUAGACUUCAUCGACGCGAGUCCGGAGCCUAGCACAUCUUAGACAACGCUAAGAACUCUGUACCUACCGUAGCCUAUCGAUGACCAGUAGUCUCUUUCAACCCUACGAAUGCGUAUGAAAAUUUCAGAGACACACCAAUAUUUAUCUAGUUUAAUAAUUUACUAUAAGGAAGAAUAACAUUUCAUUAUUCCUCACUCUAUAAAACACACACACACACAUAUAUAUAUAUAUAUAGGUACGCGCACGCGCGUAUUUAAGAGAUUAGAAAAUAAUUAAAUUUUACUAAGUGAUUAUUUUACUUAACAUGCGUCGAAAGAUCCCAUUUUAUAAGUAAAGAAGAAUUUUUAUACUCCCUGGAAAGAUAUACGGCUAUAUAAUAUUCCUCUUAUUUUUUUAUCUAUUUUUAUCUUUUUUAUCUAUCGAAUAUAAGGUAAUUUAUCGCCCUUUAUUACACGUAUAAUCUUCUUUCACAAGCGCAAAGUGUUCUUACUUUAAAACAAUUUUAUAAUUUUUUAUGGGAGAUUUAAAUAUCAAUGUCGUUUUAUAUAAUUGUGUUUUGAUUUUAUCCCGAAAAAUUUCGAAAAAAUCUGAUGCAAUUUUAAAAGCUUCCGGUUUUUUUGUACGUGCCACAUCUUUGCUCCACAAUAGAUUUAAAAAGUUUAGUUAAAUUUUAAACGGAUAGAUCAAAUAAUAACUUUCAAUCCGCUUAUGUUAAUUGGUUUCAUUCACGAAAUCCUGAAAAAUAUAGAUAGCAACUGGAGAACCCUACGCAAGUUAUAUCAAACUUUACCAUCCAUACAGAAUCAUUGUAUCAGGAAAAUUAUACCUUUAUAAAAUAAAUAAAAGAACCCAACCAUCCAUAUUGUUUUGCGGAUUUCGACCUAUAGCGGCGCAGGCUUAUUUUAUAAAGCGAACAUAUAUUAAGUAUUUAAGUCCAAACACAUUACAUUAGAUUUAAUAUGUUGCAUUUAAUUUAAAUACUUCUAUAUGUUCAAUUAACAAAAUUAAUUAGUUGAAAGAUUUAAUCAAGUUAAUAAGUUAGUUAUUUUAUCAAUGUAGAAUAGACAUCUUCAAUGAAUUAUUAUUCAUUAAGUUAAUCCUUUCAGUACAAAUCUGACGUAUGCUACGUACGUCUGUCUUGAAGCUUUUCGGGAAAAAAUUUUUUGACCACCGCUUUUUUUCUCUAAAAGUCAAUACAUAAUAUUUAUAAAUCGCACUUUCAUUAUGUAGGGAGAAUUAGCAAAGUUCUAUAUUGUUAAAUAGAAUCAUAGCGGUAAGCAUUUAAGAUUAUAUAAGAUGGAAAAAAUAUAGAUAUGAGAUAUCAAUUUGAAUAAUUAAAAAAGUGUUAAAGAGAAUUAAAAUAAAUGUUAAAUUUUUUAACAUUUCUAUAUGUAAUAUAGUACUGAAAGGGUUAUAAGGGACGCACAUUAAUAUAAUUUUUCUUAGUUAAUGGAACUGGGAACAAUCACUUAUAUAACACACACAAACAUAUAUAUAUAUAUGGUUUAUCAAAAAAUAUAUGUUGUUUAAAAGCGAACUCUAUACGAAUUUAAAUAAAAAAAUAUGAAAUAAAAAUAUCUUUGACAUUUA